AUGGGUUCUUGGUGUGCUGAAAAUCUUCGAGACGUUCAGGUAGGUUGAUCAUGAUCUUUAAUUUACAUUUGAAAGCUAUUUUUGCAAAUUUUUGAAUUAAAUUUUUUCUCACUGUUAAUACCAUCAUAAGAUCAAUGUUCUAGGCCUGGAAAGAUGAAGGACUACCCACAACAACAGUUAACAAUGAAUCAGCCAAGUUGUACGAUGCUGUUCUACGACAAUUGGUAUCAUGGAUUGAUUGUGAACAAGUUGGAGGCUUGAUGAAGUCAAUGGAGGACUUGCAGAAGGCUGAACCUGAGUCUGGUAAGCAGUUGUAGGACGACAGUUAAAUGGGUUUCGUUUAAAGUAGACAUAAGAUAGGAUAGUCUAGGGUUGGCUCGAAGAAAGAAUAGAAGGAGAUGGGAUGCUAGGAUAGGGCAGAGUAGGGUAGGGUAGGGUAGGGUAGGGUAGGGUAGGGUAGGGUAGGGUAGGGUAGGGUAGGGUAGGGUAGGGUAGGUCAGGGUAGGGUAGGGUAGGGUAGGAUAGGAUCGGAUAGGGUAAAGUAAGGUAGUGUAAAGUAUAUUCUCCUUAAACCUAUCGUACUAUAAACGAAUUUUCAGUACUAGCCCGAUGUCUACUGUAUGGUAUAGAAGCCCUCGGUUCAAACACUUCAGUCAUCAAAAACAACGAAUUCAAGCAAAACAUAGACAACCUUGUCAACGAUGCACAUAAGUAUGGUAAUUCAAGAGAACAACAACAUUCAGAAGCAGUCAAGUGUUUUGCUUAUGGUGAUAUGAGUAAAGCGUGCAGUAUCUGGGAGGACAUUCUAAAACAAUAUCCGAAUGAUUUGAUGGCGAUCAAGUUUGCUCAUGAUGGAUACUUCUUUCAAGGUGAUGCCAAAGGCAAAUUGACUAGCGUUAGUCGAGUAAUCGACAAAUGGGACAGUAGUAAGCCUUGUUAUGGGUAUUUAUAUGGAAUACAGGCUUUUGGCUACGAAGAGAAUCUGGAUUAUGAAAAUGGAAAGAAAAGCGGAUUCAAGGUGAUUAUAUAAAAAAUUUAAAAAAAUUAAAUUUUGAUUUAAAAAAUUAAAAAAUACUUUAAAAUGAUUUUUCAGGGUUUAGAAUACAAUAAACAAGAUGCUUGGUCAACUCACGCUAUUGCACAUUGUCAUGAAAUGUUAGGAGAGUAUGAAGACGGAAUCAAGUUUAUGGAGAGCACGGUCAACAACUGGGAGGUAAGUGUUAAUAACUAUUUUAACAAUAGGGUAGGGCCAGAAUGGAUAGACAGGGUACAAUAGAAAAGAAUGGUCAGAAUUAUAGUAAAUUAUUAUAGCAUCCUAUGGUUCUGCAACAUAAGAAAAAGUUAGAAAAGGGUAGGGUACGAUAGAAAACGUUAGAGCAGACUAAGACCGAGUUGGACAGGGUUUGGCAAUGCAAUUUGGAAGGGGAGGAUACUAUACGAUAGGGUAGGUUAGACUAGGGUAGAAUACGGUAGGGUUGGGCAGAGCUGUGUAGGGUAGGAUAGGACUGGGUAAGGCACGACGUGCUGGCUUAAUUUAGGACAGGAUUUUUAACUUUUUCAUUUUUAGCCAUGUUGGAUGAUAGCAUGCCAUAACUUUUGGCACAACGCCUUAUUUUACAUUGAAAAAGGGGACUAUGAAUCAGCGUUGACAAUAUACGAUGAGUAAGUAUAAGAUGCAAUAAAAUCAUAAGAAAACUGGUUUUUACUAUAUGUGUACUAAUGACUCUGACUUGUUUAUGGAUCAGAAAUUUUACAGUUUUGAAGAAAUUUUGUAUUUUUUUUAUGAUUCAGGCAAUAUUUUGCUUUUUUUUACAGUUUUUAAGUGUUUUCGAGUUUAAAAUAAAGGAUUGUUUAAAAAUUUUUAUCUGUAUAAUAUUGUCUGAAAUGUAGUUUAACUAUUUUUACUUGUAUAAUUUUAAAAAAUCUAUUUAAACUGCCAUUUUCAGACAAAUAGGACGUCGAAGUAAAUCAGGUGCAAUGUUAGACUUGGUGGAUGCUGCUUCUUUGUUACAACGAUUAAAAAUGGAGAAAUUUGAUGUAGGAAAAGAACGUUGGGCGUUUCUGAUUGAUCUACUUGAGCCACAUCAUGAUAAUCACACAUUGGCAUUCAAUGAUGCUCAUAUUGCUAUGGUAUAUUCGAACUGCGAUGAUUCGAAAACAAAAGAACUACUGGACAGCAUCAAUAAUUUUGAGUAGGUUAAAAAAUAUUGGGCUACAAGUGAUAAAAUUUUUAAUUUUACAUUUUUUUGCGCUUUGAACGAAAUGUCACAAAAAGUACUGGAAAAUUAGACGAAAUUUAAAGUAUUGAAAUUUGCUAAAAAGUUUAAAAAAAUUUAAUACUUUAAUGGAAUGACAUGCAAUUGCAACGUAUUUUACAAAAUUUUUGAUUUUUGGCGUGGUUUAACAAUAAAAAUCAAUAGCAGUUGAACGAAGUGUCACUUUAGAUAAAUUUUUUUACUGUCAAAAUAAAAUUAAUUGACGGUAAUGUAAGCUUUAAUUGGAAAACUAACAAGGUAUUAUCUAUUUGAGUUGACGUUGCGAAGUGACACAAAAAUUAUUGGAAAACGGGAUGAAAUUUCACUUUUUUAAAACCAUUUUUCAAAAUUUUUUUUUGGAUUUUGAGGUUUUUUUGAUCAAGCUUUAUAAAAAAAAUUACUAGUGAUUCGAAAAUAAUAAAGUAUUUUUAAUGGUGCGAAGUGUCACAAAAAUUAUUGGAAAAUUGAACGAAGUGUCAAUUUUUCAAACUUCAAUAAAACUUAAUUUUUUAAUGAAAACAUUUUUUUUCGUAUUUUACUUCAAUUUAGCUUAAAGUAUUGCAUUUUUAUUUAAAAAAGUUUUUUUUGAUUUAUAUUUUUUAAAAGAAUUGAUCUAAAUCAUGCUAUAUUACAGUAGCCCAUCACAACAAGGUAGAAUCGUCGGAAACGUGGGUCGUAUAAUCUGCGAGGCGGUCGACAGUUACAACGCCGACCGUUUCAACGAAUGUUUUGACAAGUUGUUUCCGAUUCGACAUGACAUCUAUACGAUCGGCGGAAGUAAUGCACAAAGAGAUGUCUUCAAUCAAAUCAUUGUACGGUCGGGCCUUAUGUCCACGUCCGCGCAGCAUAAUGAGCUUGUAAAGUACGUUAAUUGGGGGUGUUUUUUUUCAAAUUUUAGUGUGGGGGUGAGGGUAGAUUAAAAUGAGGUGUUUUAGGUAUAAAAAGUGACAGGGCCGGAUAAAAAAUUUAGGUUUAAAAGAAGCUAUGACAGGGGUAAAGCAAUUUUUUCCGAAGGGGGAAAAUUGUAUUUAAGGAGGGGGAUAGAAAGAGUAAGAGAGUUUUUUUGAGAAGGUGGAUUCGUGCAUAAAAAUUUUUUAUUGGGUGUUGGUGAUGGGUGAUUAAACAAUUUUUUGAUUGGGGAGUAACGUGGGGGUCGAGAGUCUAUUUAUUAUAAAAAACUUUUUCAACUUUCAGAACAGCAAUAGAAGAACGGCGAACUUUAAAAGUGCACUCUCCAUUAAUGGACAGGAUUGUACGACAAUUUUUAAAAUAA